CGCGAGCAGAUGGUGUGACCGCCGCGCCGCGAGUAUAACAACAAGAAUAAUAAUAAUAAUAAAAUAAUAAUAAUAAUAAUAUACUCUCCGUCGGAAAGGUUGCACGCCGACCACUGUUGUGCACGUUGUAACAGUGCGACGUCGUCGUACCGACCACCAGGGCCGUUGUCGCGAACGGCAGUCGCACGAUUUUCCGUCGCGUACCUCCAGCCAACUCGUCUGGCGAAUCCGAAAAAAAUAUUAUACUUAAUUACAAUAUCGUACACUUGUAAUUAUAUAUAUAUUAUUUUAAUAUUCGUCCAUAAAUUCUACUGGUCGUUCGUCUACAUAUUUAAAUCUAUAGUUUUUAAAAAAAAUAUAUUUAUAUAAUACAUACGAUUUAUUCAAGUACGUAGCGUAUAUCAUAUUUAUUAUUAUUAUUUUUUUAUUUUUCCAUCCACGAUUUGCCUUCGCCGCACGGACAGCACAAUGCCGCGGAUGUUCUUCCGGCCCCCGUAACAAAACCAGUAAACACUUAUUCAGAAAUUUAUUUCCACUGGAUAAUACAUUGGCUGCGAACACGCAUUUGUAAGAACCUCCAGGAUGGAGCGAGGAAACGGGACUUCUGGAGCGGGAGGCAGUGGCGCUCACGUCUCUCCAUACUGCGGGGAUCUGCUGGUCGACUUGCACGACGUGUACGUCCACUACCACGGUUAUGCCAGCCUGCUGGUUUGUGCGUUCGGUUCGGUUGCCAAUGUGCUCAACAUCGCAGUGCUGACACGCAAGGAAAUGGUCUCACCAACCAACGCCAUACUUACUGGACUGGCCGUGGCCGAUCUGUUGGUCAUGGUUGAGUACGUGCCGUUCGCCUACCACAUGUACCUACGGCCAGCCAACUAUCCACGCGCUGACCGCUUCUCCUACAACUGGUCUCUAUUCGUCUUACUUCAUUCGGACUUUUCGCAAGCAUUCCACACCAUAUCCAUAUGGCUGACGGUCACCCUGGCCGUAUGGAGGUACGUGGCCGUGGUCCAUCCGCAGAUAAACCGGAUAUGGUGCCGGAUGGAGACCACUCUGUCGGCGAUCGCGUUGGGCUACCUGGUGUGCCCGAUCAUCUGUAUACCCAGCUACCUGUCAUUCAACCUGUUCUCCCGAGUGGAGACGUUGGACGCGAACGGCAACCGUCCAGCGUCGAUACUGCAGUCGGCGCUUCGAAGGGCCAAUAACAGCACCGAUGUCCACAACGGUCACGGCACCGGCGGAGGAGGCACCGGCGGAGGAGGCUUCAGCAUAGGCGCCAGUGGAGGUGGUGUUGAAGGCGGUGGAGGCUUCAACAAUAGCCACGGAGGCGGUGGGCCGCUGCGCAACGUCACUCUGUACUACGUCAACGUCAGCGACUUAGCCACUUCCACUUAUCUGGCCGACAUCAAUUUCUGGGUCUACAGCGUCGUCAUCAAGAUCAUACCGUGCGUGGCGCUCACUGUUCUCAGCCUGCGACUGAUAUGCGCACUGCUGGAGGCCAAACGUCGCCGGGCCAAGCUAACGGGCAGUGGCCGCAAGUCAGCCGACAAGGAGCGGCAGACGGACCGGACCACCCGGAUGUUGUUGGCCGUACUCUUGUUGUUCCUGAUCACCGAGUUCCCGCAGGGCAUACUAGGCCUGCUCACGCUACUGCUCGGCAAGCGGUUCUUCCAAGACUGCUACCAAAACAUGGGCGAGGUGAUGGACAUGCUGGCGUUAGUCAACUCCGCCAUCAAUUUCAUACUGUACUGCGUGAUGAGCAGGCAGUUCCGCAACACGUUCAGCCUGCUCUUCCUGCCGUCCUGGAUCUCUAAGGCCGAGUCACAGGCCCUGUCACACGGUAACCCGACCACCACGCAAGUCACGCAAGUCUAAGCUGACGCUGCUGUCGUUGCCCUCCCCCCCGUUAACCAGUCGUCGUUGUCAUAGCGUGUAUGCUCACCCAUCACACAACACCCACACCACCUGCUGACCACCAACUCCGACGACGGUAACGGUGACGAUAAUAUUAUAACGUAUGCAGGCGGUGAUUCACUAAGUAUGCUCAAUCCCCAUUUCUACAUAAUUAAGUUAAAUUAUUUGAUUUAAUCGAAUUCUGAUUUUUGGUAUUUUUAUGUAUAUUUUUAUAGUAUUAAAUACCAUAUUUUCAAUUACUCAGAUUUCAUACACUUUUUGAUGAGGUGUGAUCUGUGAAGACAGACACUUUUGUUUUUCCAAAUAAGAACCAACUUUAUUUCGCCUUAAACUAUUUAGCAGAUGAUUUUUGUUUUUGGAAUUUUCAAUAUAAGUAUCUAAAUAUUGAAAUCGUAACCAGUAGUUACCAAUGUAUUAAACAUUAUGUAGUGGGUAUGGUUUAUGGAUAUAAUAAUGUAUGUCAAAUUUCAAUAUAAUAUGGGAUUUACAGAAUAUGAAAAUUCUGGUAGUUCAUACUAAUAUAUUAACAUUUUGUAAUUAGUAAAAAGCCUUUUAUUAAAUGUUACAUAAAUUCUAUAUU